AUGCCGCCCAAAAAGCCCUCACCCGCCAACCCUUCCGUCUCGGCCGCCCGCUUCGUCCCCAUGGACGAAGACACACCCGGCGCCGCCCCGGCCUCCACCUCGGCCGCCACCAGCCACCAGCCCCCACAACCAGCAGAAGGCCGCCCCGACCCGUCCACGACGACCGCCAACGCGGGCCCCAGCGGCAGCGGCGGCGGCGGUGGCGGGGGGCCUCGGCCCGAAGCAGGCAGCAGCAAGCCCGAGAAGGCGUCGGCCAAGGACAAGGACCGCGACGCCACGGACGAGGCGGAGGAGGAGGAGGAGGCGGAGGACGACGAGGAAGAGGAGGAGGAAGAAGAAGAAGGGGACAGUGAGGCUGACGAGACGGUCGAUGCUCUGGAAGGAGACGAGGACAGGGCUGACCGGGAGGAGGCUGACGAGGCGUUGGAUGGCAAUGACAGUGAUUAAAAAAGAAGAGAAGCAACUAUAAAGGGACGGAGUAAGCUCCUAUCACAACAUGGUGAGCGGCUGCUUUGGGUUUCGAGGCUGCGGGCGUGAUAAGAGCCACAGAAACUACAUCUUGUUGUCGACUACGCGUACAUCCACGUUUGGUCUACAAGCAGCACCCAUCAACUACAGCAUCAAUCACGAAUUGAAAUACA